CUUUUCAAAUACUUUUCAAAUUUAUUUUCCAUCUACCUAAGUUGCAGUUAAACUUGCCGCUGUAUCUACGCUGUACACUAUAGUUUGCUAUCUAUAAAGCCGGCUCGCCCUAUUAGCUGGUGCCCGUUCGUCCGGUAUACUGUUUUCACUCACUGUCACGUAAUUAUGCUACAUAUAUGAUAAACAAUUGUAUCUCCACGGUUAGGCAAUUAUAGGCUUGACCUGCCGCUGGUUGGUCCAGCCGAAUAAUGAAUCAUAGGAGUACAUUUGCUGGCCUUACAAAAAAUAAAUCUUUCAAGUAUGGCUUGCCGUUUCUUCUUUUUGUCAUUGGUGGAUCGUUCGGGCUUAAAGAAUUUACGGAACUCCGGUAUCGAUACAGUUACGUCCAGCGUGGCAUUCGCGAGGAAUUGAAGGAGCACGGAAUUGAAAUAAAGAAGCCAGGCGAAGUCACUCUGGAGUCGGAAUACGAGAAAAUCAAGCAGAUGGACAUUGACAACUGGGAAAACGUGAGAAUUUCAAGGCCUUGGGAAGAAGAUGGCAAAGAAAUAUAAUCGAUUUUUCGCAGCCGAAACAAUGACUUUUGCUUGGAAUGGUGAGGCGAACUACCCAAUCCUGGUUCCAAUGGAUUCUGUUGUCAGCAGGAAUCGUAAAGCGCCCUCUAUGAGGUGAUAUUAUGACGUCGGACAGACAUGUAAAUAUUUGCAUAUAAAAUAAUUGUUGACUCAUUAAUAAUGAUGACUUUGAAAGAAA